CCUGAAGAAUGGCUCAGCUAAGCUAAGGCUUUGCAGUUAGUGGGUCAAACAGGAACUCCAACACCCUUUCGCCGCCCCAUUUGUCACUGAAGCCACUUUGAUAAUGAUGCACCAUCAGCUGCUCAUUAUUCAAUCAAUCAGUGAUUAAAUCAAGGCUGCUACCAACUCACACGCUCAUAUACAUUAACCCCAUUAUUAAACCCCCCCCUAAGCUUCCAGUCAGUUUCCACAUAUAUAGUACUAGAAGAAUCUGUGGCGUGCCAGGUCAGUCGUCAUGCCAGUGCCUUGAGAUCAAGCCUACCUAAAAGUCAAAGCCUCACUGCUUAUAUAAUGGGGAGGAACCCCCUGUGGCCAUGGAUCUGAGCAUCGUGUCACGAGACUCACAACUCACACCUCGAUCGGCUAGAUCCACUCCGGUGUGGGUUUUGAAGUUACCGUGUGAUUCCAGCGGAUCGGAGAGAGGGCGAACAACAGCAUGGACUCGACGCAGCAGCUCGCGCUCCGGCCGGUCUCCACCAAGAGAUGCUUUGGCGGGGACGGCAGGGCGGUGUCGGCGAGUGAGCCGUCGAGCCUCACCAACGCGUCCUUCAGGGUGUACUACAGCCUGCGCGGCGCCGGCGUGCCGUUCCUGUGGGAGUCCGCGCCCGGCACGCCAAAACGGGGCGCGGCUGCCGUCUCGCCGGGAAAAGACUCGCUCCAGGCCACGACGGCGACGGCUCGGGCGAGCGGCGGCGCUGCCGGCGCCGGUGGUGGUGCUACGCGGCUGGUGCCGCCCAUCUCGCCGCCACCGUCGUACCAGUCGGAGUCCCAGCUGAAGGGGAAGAGGGGAUGCAGGCAGAGGGUGCAGUCGUGGCCGGAGGCGACGGGAGGCAUCGUGAGGGCGGUGCUCGGAGUGCUCGGGAUGAGGAAGAGCCGCCGCAGGUCGCGCGGGCUGCCGCUGCGUUGCUAGUUUGUUUGCCACUGGGCUAGCUACAAGUAGGGAAUCAAUCUUGGCCGUUAAUAAAACAUCACGGACGGUUACGGAUGCAAUACGUGUAAACUUAAGGACGACAAGAUUUUAAUUUUUAUGAUCAUA